CAUUAGUUAAUACUUCCACUCCAUGCAUGUAACAGGUUACGAUACAAGCAGUUUCUCGUCUUAACAGUCCAAUACGCUGCAUCCCGCCCUCACGGUCGGCUAUCUAUAUAAUCAAGGCAGCAUUACUUUCACCUUGUCCCCGAAUUGCGAUGGAUCCUUCUCUUUACAAAGAUUUUACCACGUCUCGUGGUUAUGACUACCAUUUCUUUCUGUCCCUCCCUAAGGAUGACCAUCCCUACUUACUCUUCUUGCAUGGCUUUCCAUGCACCUCCUUCGACUGGCGACACCAGGUUCCCUUUUUCAUCAAUGAGGGCUACGGACUCAUAGUUCCAGAUCUCCUUGGCUAUGGCGGUUCUUCAAAGCCCACCGAUCCUGCAGACUUUCGAUCCACCCUUCUUACGAAAGAUCUCGUAGAGCUGGUCGAUGCAGAAAAUGCAGCCCGUGUUGUCGCCAUCGGUCAUGACUGGGGCUCCAAGCUUGUCGGUCGUCUCGCCAACUACUACCCCAAUCGAUUCAUCGGAUUCGGCUUCUUAGCUGUAGGCUAUUGGUUGCCAAGCACGGAAAAUAACUACGAAAAUUUUAUGGUCCUGUCUAAGAACACCUUUGAAUACGAAAUAUUCGGAUAUUGGUCUUUCUUCUCGUCAGAGGAGGCCCCCAAAAUCAUCGAAGAAAACAUGGAAUCGUUCUUAAGACUCAUACAUUCUGGAGAUCCCAAGGCAGCCAGCGAUUUCGCUCCUACGGGUGCUUUGAAGUCGUAUCUGCUACGGGGUGGCAGGUCCUACGGUCCUCUUGCUCCAUACAUCACAGAGGAGGAGAAGGACAUUCGUAAGAAACAAUUGGUCGAAGGUGGUAUGGCCAGCUGUUUGAAUUGGUACACAAUAAUGACCUCAGGAAUUGAUGCUGAAGAUAACAAAGCUGUGCCGGCGGAAAACCUUCAGAUUACGAAGCCGGUCUUCUAUGGUGGUGCAUUGAAAGACAGUGUAGCUAUCAAUGCUAUCAACAUGAAGGAAACCGUUGAUAAUUGUAAGAAUACGACUGUUCAUGAGUAUGCCAGUGGACAUUGGGUAGUUUGGGAUAAGAAGGACGAACUUAACAGUGAUCUGUUGAGCUGGGUUAAAACGUUGUAGUCACGGUGUAACCCAAUUUCGAGAUUUUAUAGAUUGGCGAGUUAACAAUCACU